AUGGCGGACGAUGAAGAUGAAGGGCUUGGCCUCAUACCAGAGCUUUAUAAGCCCCCUGCUCUCCUUCCUAUAGCUCAAUUAAAGGAUGCCCUACUCUACACUAUCGAGACGUAUCCAGUGACAAUCAUUGUCGGCGAAACAGGGAGUGGGAAGACCACACAGAUCCCUCAGUUUUUGCUGAAAGCUGGUUGGACAUCGGACGGAUCGGUUAUUGCUGUGACGCAACCUCGCAGAAUCGCCGCCACAAGCGUUGCCGCCCGUGUCGCCGAGGAAAUUGGAUGUCAACUCGGUCAAGAAGUUGGAUACUCAAUACGCUUCGAAGAUGUCACAUCAGCAAAGACCCAGAUCAAAUUUCUUACCGAUGGCCUGCUCUUACGGGAGAUGCUUGUUGAUCCGUUGUUGAAGCGCUACUCUGUAGUAAUGGUCGACGAAGCGCACGAGCGGUCGCUGAGUUCCGACAUAUUGCUCAGUUUGCUGAAAAAGAUCAUGAGGAAACGCCCUGAGUUGCGUGUCGUAGUUUCCAGCGCAACGAUCGAAGCGGAGAAAUUCCUGGAGUUCUUCGCACCCGAAGAGGAAGAAGCCACUAACAAGCAGGCGAAAUCGGAUUUUGGCCACAUUAUAAGCAUUGAAGGGAGAAUGCAUCCGGUCGAGAUUCAGUAUCUAGCUGAACCGGUUUCAGACUACGUCGAGCGAGCUGUUCAGACCGUACUGGAUAUCCAUACUACCGAGGAGAAAGGGGAUAUUUUACUCUUCCUUACAGGUCGUGAGGAAAUCGAAGAUGCAAUCGAUAUGAUUACGGACCGCAUCCCCGACCUCGGCCCUGGAUAUCAGACUCUUCAGCCACUUCCGCUAUAUGCAGGCCUGUCUACUGACCAGCAAAUGUAUGUUUUCCAGCCAGCAGCCGAGAACACAAGGAAGGUGAUCGUCUCAACCAACAUAGCGGAAGCGUCAGUCACCAUUGAUGGUAUCGGCUAUGUGAUCGAUUGCGGCUUCGUAAAACUGCGCAACUAUGACCCCGGCCUCGGCAUCGAACGUCUCAGUGUCUGCCCUGUCUCUCGGGCGUCCGCAACCCAACGUGCUGGUCGUGCUGGUAGGACGAGACCUGGGAAAUGUUUCCGAUUGUACACCGAGUCUGCCUACUCCACGCUCCCGGAGACGACCUUCCCUGAGAUUCAGCGCAGCAAUCUUGCUCCGGUCAUUUUGCAACUUACGAACCUGGGUAUUCAAAAUGUCGUACGAUUCGACUACCUAUCUCGCCCGCCCUCACAACUUGUCAUCAGGGCAAUUGAUACGCUUUACUCCCUAGGCGCAGUGGACGACCAGGCACGUCUGACAAAGCCACUAGGCGCCCGCAUGGCUGACCUCCCUCUUGAGCCGAUGCUCGCGAAGGCCUUGCUGAAUGCGCCCAAUUUCGGCUGCCUUCCGGAGAUGCUGACCAUAGCCGCAAUGAUGACGCUUCAAGGGACCACGUUCGUCUCCCACGAUGGAAACAAGAAGCAAGAGGACAAAGCAAAGCGCAGAUUCGCUGUAGAAGAAGGCGAUCACAUAACUCUAUACAAUGUCUACGAGGCUUUCGUAUCUCAAGGCAAAAAGGACGCGCAGUGGUGCCGGGAGCAUUCGCUCAACUUCAAAGCGCUGGUCAAGGCUAUGAGCGUCCGCAAACAAUUGAAGAAUCAGCUGGAGCGUCUGGGCAUUGCGGAAACUGUGAGCAUUCCAGCUGCGCAUGUCUCUCGCGUGGGACCCAUGUCUAUGACGGAGCGAGUACGGCGAUGUCUGACAACGGGUUUCUUCGCGCAUGCUGCAAGGAUGAAACCGGAUGGGACUUUCCAGACGCCGUCGGGGAGUGCGACGUUGUAUGUGCAUCCGAGUUCGAUAUUCUUUCACCGGAAGGCCGAUUGGGUCAUCUAUCACGAGAUCAUGGAGACAAAAAAUAAGAUCUAUAUCCGAGAUUUGACGACGAUUGAGAUGGAUUGGUUGGUGGAAUAUGCACCAGAGUAUUACAGGGUAAGGCAAAGAUGA